AUUUUUAUCACAGAUUUACACAAGUUUAAUAUACCUAAAGUAUAAUUUUCAUGUAAAACGCUAUGUAUAUUUUAAAACCGUUUAAAUUCUGAAAAUAAUCAUGGGAUGUAUAAAAUCAAAAGCAGCAUGUAAGGAUUCACAAGGGAAGAAGGCUGGAAAUUGGAUUGCAGCAUCAAAAGGCGAAGUACCUAAAAAAGCAAUGAUUGGAGGCUACCUUUCCAACGAUAAUUUAUAUGUUGUUCGUGCCAAACGCGGUGGUGCUAGAUUGAUCAGUGGAUAUCUGAGACCCAAGGAUAAAGCAGCAACCAUUGCAGCGGGCUUGACUUAUAAAAUUGAGGAUUACGAAGUGCUUUGUAACGCUAAAGCAAAAUGGAAGUCAAUAAAUUUGAAAUCAGAAGAGAUUCCUUCUAAAGCAAUUUAUGGAGGAAUAGAGCCAAACAACCAAGAUAAUAAAACGUAUAUUGGACGUGUUCAAAGAGGAAAUGACUGUAUCAUUGGAAACCUUGAUCCUUAUUUGAAAAGAAUAUUCAUACCAUAUCAAGACCGUGAAGAAGAGUUUGCUAGCGGUGAUGUAUUAGUUAUGAAAAAUGAAAAUGUACACUUCAGUAUUAAUAUUAAACUAACAAUUAAAAAUAUUUAUAUUAAAUUAAUAAAUGCCCGCAUGCAGAGUCUGACUAAAUAUGUAUACAAAAAUUAUACAUAUUAG